AUGCGGUCCGAGUUAAAAAUGGUGCAUGGAAAGCCCAGGCACUCACAAAGUCAGGGUUUAGUAGAAAAUAUGCUUAGUUCUUGGUUGGAGAUUAACAAUACUAACGAAUGGUCGGAAGGAUUACGUUUUGUACUACUGAUGAAAAAUCGAGCGCAUCAUACUGGUAUAAACUGCAGCCCCUAUGAGGCCAUGUUUGGAGCAAAGUUAAAAGUUGGACUAAAGAAUUUUAUAUUCAACGAAUCGUUGUUCAACGUUAAUACGGAAGAGGAUCUACAGAGACUUUUUAAAACUAUCAACGAAGUAAGUCAAAGUUGCUCAAACUCUGAAAGUCCGGGUAUCGUCCGAAAAAACAUUAUGGAAUAUUAUUUGAUAAUGCCACCCUUACAUAGCAAUAUAACUGAUGAAGUUCAAAGAUCUACAUCGUCUUCACGUGAAUAA